AAAUCUUCUAUAUAUGUUGCCUCGUCGUUCUAGCAAUCCACUUCUCGCUCGUUUCUUAUGCCUUGCAUCGCUUCCAAUCAGCAGAGACUUUGAGUUUUCUGUCGCCAUGGAUUCCGGAGAGCACCGCGAGAACCCUUCGCCCUGCGCCAGCGGUUGCGGCUUCUUCGGCAGCCCCGCGACGCGCGGCCUGUGCUCUCGGUGCUACCGAGACGUCUGCCUCAUGGAGCGGCUCGAGAAGAUGCGGCCGCCUUCGGCCGCUGCGGAGUCCGAUGCCGGGAGCCGGAAGGUCGCGGCCGCGCCGUCCUCCUCCUACCCGGGCGAGGAGCCCCCGAAGGCGGCGGACCGGUGCGGGAAGUGCAAGAAGAAGGUGAGGCUGUGCGCGAGGUUCGAGUGCCGGUGCGGGAGCACGUUCUGCGCGGCGCACCGCCUCCCGGAGACGCACGAGUGCGCGUUCGACUACAAGGCGCAUGGCCGCGCGGCGAUCGCCGAGGCCAACCCCGUCGUCGUGAAGGACAAGCUACGGAGGAUCUGAAGAAGACGCAAGAAUAUUAAUGGCGUCGAUUAGAUUAAUCGAAGCAAUGGAUGAUGAUGAUGAUUUGGUAUAUGGUAGUUCAAUUCGUAUUGCUUGGCAUGGAUUACUUUCCACAGGUUAAUAAAUGAGCUUUUCUUUAGAACCCAAA